AUGUGGUCCAAGGUGUUUACACCAUUGCUUACCCACAGACUCACACCAGCAGAAAAGUUUCCGCAACUGCAACUACGUGUGGGACAGCAGCGACGAGUCACGUGUGGCCGACAACUUUCCAUUCCGCUGAGCUCCUUCGAUUCUCAUAGUCUUGACUUUGCUCGACGUGAGAUAGAACCAGGAAGUGUUGUGGAGUUAAGAGAUGCGGAUCACCGGAAGCUGCUAGCGCUGGCAUUUUAUGAACCAGCGCUGCUGCGUGUUGAUAUUUUUCACCAUACACCUAAAGUAGUGACGGACCUACCAAGGAUUAGUGAGGAUUUUUUCGUUAAUCGCGUUAAAGAGGCGUGGGGGCGACGACAAUCUGUUUUCCGUCAUGUAAGGACCGGCAGCACCAAUGCCUACCGCGUCGUGAAUGGUUAUGCAGAUGGUGUUCCCUCUCUUUACGUUGAUCUCUUUUCUUCCAGCUUUGCGCGAGUGGUUGCAACAUCUGCGGGUGCAGAACGGAUUGUUCCUGCGGUAACCGAAUUGCUGCGGCAGCACGGAGUCGAAGAGGUACUAUUGGAUACUCCACACCUAAAGGAUCACGAAAAGCUAACUCUUAUUACUCCAACCAUAACUCUACCCGAAACAUACAUGGAAAAUGGCGCGAGUAACAUGUGGUUGCCAAGAGAUGAAUAUCCCACCACAUCAAGUAAUCGUUGGCUUAUCAACACAGCCCAUCGUCGAAUACGUGCCGUACUUAGGGAUUUAUGCCAUGGUAAGCGCGUUUUGUGUGUUAACGAUCGUGGUGGAGCUGCUGCACUUCAAGCAGUAAUGACGGCGAAAAGUGUUGUUUUCGCGGAAUCAGAUGAGUCACUCCUUAACCGAGUGCGUGAAAACCUGGUAGCAAACCAUGCAAGUGCUGUUUUCAACACUUGUGAAACGACAAAUUCACCUAUCGAAGAACUAAGCAUGCGUCAGCAGGAUGUUGUUUUUCUGGAGCACCGUUUCGACACACUGUCUUCACCUGAGCAGUGGCAAAAUUUGUUGAAGGUCAUGUUGUUUCGAGGUGUUUGUGGCAAAGGUUCUAUUGUAGUCGUAGCGCAGGAAGUGGCAUUGCUUGGAAUGCAUGAUUAUGUGGCAUCCGGAGGUGGUGUGGCGGCUUCUGUUGUUCGUGCCACACGGAGUGAAAUGUUCAACGUUUUUAACAGAGUAACCGCUGAGCAUGGUUUAAGAGCGCGACUCCUUCGCUUCUUUGGGCCAUCCAUUGAUUACCCAACGCUACCAGCAGUGGAGGCUGGCUGCUACUCUUACGCUUUCUUGCUAGAACUAGCAUCGUAG